UGGCGGCGCGUCGUGUUAGUACUGGGGAUAUGUUAUUUCAAUAUUCGACCUUUGAAUGCGACAACUUUAUUUUGUUUCCCUUUUGAAGUUUUAGUUUCAGCUUAUGAGAAAUUGUUCGGCAUUGUUAAAACAUCCACUUAUAACCUUCAGGGUAAACGAUAGCUAUUUCAGUAUUUACUUUUGCUUCGAAGAGUCGAUCGCGGACAUGUCUUGGAAAACUUUUCACGUUUGUGCAAUAUCCUGCGUUGCUUUGGGGUGUAUUAUGCUUAUUGUGGCAAUUUCCUCAGCGUCAUGGAUGGUCGCCUGCAUGAAAUAUGAUAACAUUUUCAAAGCGAUGAAAGGCUUUUCGAGUGAACCUAUGACCGAGGAACAAAAAGAUCAAUUUGACUUGGGAGUGCAGAUGCUAAAAGGAACGGACUUUUGUGUGCAUCAUGGUUUGUUAAAACUGACAAUGGCAGCUGGAAAUAUUAUGAACGUGAACAUGGGGAUUGACAUUACCAGCAUGCCAAGAAGCACCAUGUUUGGAGCUUUUAUUUUGGUGGUAGCACUUGUUCUAGGAGUGAUUGGUGGAAUUAUCCUGAUCGUUGCUAUCGGCGGGGAGCAAGGUUCUUACGAUGGCAAGAGUAAAGUAGCUCAACGUACUCGAUCAGGGCUGAUAGUUCUCGCGAUUGCAGGGAUUUGCACAGUCAUUGGUAUGGCCGCAUACACAGGGGGAACCGCUCAAGCUGUCCACAAUCCUCUGCUGUUCAUGGCAAGCAUGGGCCAGAGCUUGAGUUCUGUAUUCCAACAACAACUACCAAUGGGAAGAGGGAAAAGAGAUAUCAGUCUUGAUGGUUUGGGCCUCGAUGAAGACAUGAAGCAAAUGAUGAGUACGAUGUUCGAGGGAAUGGAUCCCAUGUAUGGAUACGCAUUCUAUCUGGGAUGGGUUUCGGCGGUUUUCCUCGUGAUAUCCGCGAUCUUCACUGGAGUUGCAAAGCAGUCUCUACUUAGACAGCCUUAUGCCGGGGCAAGCUCUGUGAAACUCUAAAUGGAUAAUUUUUUCACAUCAAUGUUAAUCCUUUUUUGAGUUUUGCCUUAUUUUUUUUUUUUACUUCAAUUUUUUUAAAGUUUGAGACAAGGCUUACAAACUUGAAAUACGUUGAGAGGUUGGAAGGAUGGGAGAACCUGGCACAAUUUUGAUUGCCGCGACUAAAGAUGUUAUGUUGAAUGCUCAGUUUCUAAUGUAAGUUUCGAAUCUUACUGAGUGACAGAUAUUAUUAUAUUAAUCUGUCGCCGAUUUUCGUUCUGAUGUGAUAGUUCAUUUUUCCAUUGUAGUAUUUUUCAUUCUGUGUGUAGAACGUUUCUGUUAUGAAAAUAUUAAAUCUGAACUGAAAAAUAUUA